AUGUCGGCUCAAGUACUUGAUGUUGCUUCGAAAUAUUCACUCUACAGCGGUUCUAUUAUAUGUUCAUUAGGCAUUGUCCGUAAUGUAAUAAAUAUUCUUGUUUUUACUCAACUAAAACUUUUUCGGAACAAUCGAUGUGCUUUUUAUUUAACUGUGGAAUCUAUUUCCAACAUUUUUUAUCUCCUCUACUCAAUUACUAUAACUAUUUUAAUAUCAAUAUAUGGAGAUGAUGGGACAGGACGGUUUCUUAUCUGGUGUAAACUUAGAUAUAUCAUUGCUCAAACAUUUGCUCUCACUACAUUUACUAUGAUAUGUUGUACUACUGCUGAUGAAUAUUUUUCAACGAAUUAUCUUUAUAAUCUAAGAUAUAUGUGUACACUGAAAUUAGCUCGAUAUCUUGCAUUUGUGUUUAUUUGUAUUUGGAUCAUUCACAGUGUUAUACUUGGUCUCUUUUUCAAUCUUGUACCAUCUAUUGGAUGUGCUAUAUCAAAUCAAAUCUAUUUACGAUAUACAACAUACUUUACAUAUCCAGUUUUGACUGGUCUCUUACCAAUUGCAAUUUCAUUAUUGUUCAGUCUAUUGGCUUAUCAGAAUGUUCGUCGAAUAGUUCGUCGACAAUUACCUAUUGUUCGUCGUCGAUUAGAUCGACAAAUAACUGCAAUGUGUUUUAUACGUGGCAUAGCGUAUGGUUGUCUGGCAACACCUUAUGUUAGUUAUCGAGUCUAUGCUCUUAGUUAUCCUAUUUCACGAAGUGAACCAUUACAAUUUGCAAUCGGGCAACUAAUUCAAGAUAUUUUUACCUCUCUUGCUUCUUUAAACUUUGCGAUCAGUUUUUAUCUUUUUAUUAUAUCAUCAUCACAUUUUCGUCGUCAACCAGUUAAAUCUAUACGUGAAACAGUACGUAAUAUUACAACAGAUUUAACAUUAGAAGGUAUGAGACAUAUAGAUUAUACCAUUGAGAUGGAAGCAAAAUCUAUAUCACGUCCAACAAGUUUAUAUACAACUGAUACAUAUGAUAUUACAAAGAUUGGUAACGUCUGGUUCUUACAAAACUCGGCAAAUAAACAGUGCAUAUUAGAUAAAUGUGCUGUAUGUGUCUGUGUUGUAAAUGAAGAUUUGUGUCUCUUUUGUGAACUAAAAUAUCGAUUAGGUAAUAGAAAAAAUAUCUAA